ACGGUCAAGACAAUGGGUAUCAUUGACCACUCGCUCACGGUCAGUAAACAGCCAAGCAGCAUCACAUAGUGAUAAACCCCACUGGUGGUGUGUAAUAUAGGAUGGGCACCAUGACAGUCCCAUGGAGCUUCUGGAGGUCCUGCUGGUCUCUGUCCCUCUUCCUCAUCCUGGCUCUGAACACGCACAGUGCAUGGUCCUCUCCCGAUUUCUCCGUGUACCUCCACACAAUACUAAGAAACCACACUGCUCAUGCCUGCGAUGGAGACACCCUUUCUAUCAAGUGUCCCUCCAGAACCUCUGUGUCCGUCCUGUCAGCAUUCUACGGACGUCGUGUCCCCAGCAAGAACUUAUGUCCCCCUGCAAACACAAACAUGACUGAGGACAACACUGGAUGCACUUCCACUGUCGCUAUCCAGAAAGUGGUGUCGGAGUGUCAGGACCGGCGUUCCUGUCAUAUACCUGUCAUUAGCCCAGUGUUUGGUCAGGACCCCUGUCCCCUCACCAGCAAGUACCUCAUAGUGUCCUACAAGUGCCGCCCAGAGCACCACCGUACUAGGUUGGUGUGUGAAAACGAGAGACUGAGGCUGGUGUGUAAGAAUAACACUGUCCUGGCUAUCUACUCGGCUACAUUUGGCCACCUGCUGCACGGGAGUCCCAACUGUCCUCAGGAAACUGCACCACAGCCUGACAUGGAGUGUCUGUCACCAUCUGCCCUGAGGAAGGUGUCACGCAGGUGUCAUGGCCGAGCCAACUGCUCAGUGCUGGCUGACACUCAGAACUUUGGGGACCCAUGUUUUCCUGGCACCAGGAAGCACCUGAGAGUGUCCUUUACAUGUGUUCCUCGAUAUCUCUUGGAGGAUGUGCGACGGAGUGGCUCAACAUCAGACCCUUUCUUGAUCUCAGACUACACACAUGGAGGCUGGUACACUGGCCCCGGCGUCAUCAGGCCUCAAAACGUGCUUUAUACCAACUCUCUGGAAAUUUUUGACAAAAUACUGGGUCUUCCAGAGAGAGUGGCCCUCUACUUUGUCUCAGGGAUCUGCGCUGGUCUAGUCUUCCUGCUCUGUCUGUUCGGCCUGCGCUCCACCUUAGUGAGGGACGUCAAGGACUUGGCAACAGAGCUGGGGGAUGAGCUCAAGGCCAGCCGCAGACCCCGCCGGGAAGUCAUGGAGGACCAGUAUGACGACGACACCUCUGAUGCCUCCUCCUUCCGCCGCCUCACCCAGUCCUACCGUGCGGCGGAUAUCUUUAGUCCAGCGACCAUGACGGUGGAGAUGGUGGAGAGGGAGGGAGAUGAGAAGGAGAUGCCCAAGUUCGGAGACAUCUGGCCCCACAGGGACUCCAGCCCAUACGCCAUCCAUAAGAUAAUAGGGAAUAGAAUAGAAUAUCCAUAAAAUAAAAGCCUGCAGUGCCCGAGACUCCACAGGAGUAGAGUAGAAUAGAAUCAAAUUGAAUAGACAUAAGAUAAAGGCCAGCAGUGUCUGAAUAUCUAUAGGUAUUUUAUUGUAUUCUAUAGUACACACAAAAUAAAAGGCCUGCAAUGCCUGAGAAUCCACAGGAAAGCUUGUGGGAACAGACAGCAGCAACACAUUAAUCAUAGACUGAAAAUGAAUCUUUAGUAGACAUUAUUUUCUUAUAAUUUCAUGUUAUCUAUCUUUCCUUAAUGUACGUUUUAUAUGAUAUGGUGUCCUAACCUCAUUAUAUUCAGAUAACUGGAAUGAAGCACACACAUAAUAACAUGUUCAACAUGUUUUUGGUUGGUGGGUUUCAAUAAACAUAAUAACUUUUUGCCUAGAA